AUGCCUAUCCUCGGCCCCCGAUGCGCGAUCUGGGGGCUCACUAGUACUAUCGUGGUCAAGAUCACAGUCGAGCCUUACAACAUUGACGACGCGCUGAACCUCGAGUACAUCAAUAUGACCCUUCCCGAUUUCCCAGCACCAAGACUGCUAGGCUGUCUGGAGAGUGGAAUUUUCACUUACACCUUUCUCAGUCGUAUCGAGGGGACGUCACUUGGCCGGAUCUGGCCGUUCAUGUUAUAUCAGCAAAAGUGGGUUAUUCGACAUCAACUCGAGGUACUGUUCGGCUGGCUUCGUUCGUAUUCCCAGCAACGCAUCAGACAUUUCCAACUUAUUGGAAGUUUCGGCAGAUGCGCACAUAGAGAUCACACGAAAUGGAACGUUCGAACCGGCAUCGACGUGAGCCAAACGGAAUGGCAGGAUUACCUCUUCAGAAUGGUGCCGGAUGGGAAGCCGGAAGGCUACGCAAUCACCUCAAGAACGGGUACAAGGUAG